GGUGCAUGAUGAGCCGACUGUGCUGUAGCCGUCUAAGCUAGUCGGGCGCCGCGCCAUGGCCAAACCUGGGAGCGACCGAGAUGGAGCCAUGGUGGAUAAGCAGGCAGGGAAGAAGAGCAAAGACAAGUUGUCCCCUUUCACCAAAACUCCGAAGUUGGACCGGAGUGAAUUGCUGGGGAAGGAAGGGAAAGCCAAGUCUUCCAUGAAGCGCAAGCUGUCCUUCACCACGAGCCCGCCCCGGACAGAGGAGCGGGACUCUGACACUGGUCCACCAUGGGCCCGUCGUGGAAGGACAAAAGGGGCCAAAUCUGAUCUAGAUGACUCAGACCCAGGCCAGUCGAGUGAGACCUGGGGAGAGAGAUUAGUGCCUCCCUGCAGGAUUUACGCAGAUAAAGAUGGGCCCGACAAGAAGAAGGUGAAGAAGGAGGCCGGGAGCAAAAAGUCCCAGGCCCCGAAUCUUUUGUUUGGGUAUCCGCUGUCGGAGCGGAAGCAGAUGGCUCUCCUGAUGCAGAUGACUGCCAACAGUCCAGACUCUACACCUAGCCACCCCUCGCAAACGACCCCCGUCCAGAAGAAGGUCCCCAGCAGCGCCUCGUCUCGCCAAAAGGACAAAGUCAACAAGAGGAACGAGCGUGGGGAGACUCCGCUUCACAUGGCAGCAAUCCGGGGAGAUGCCAAGCAAGUUAAGGAGCUCAUUAGCCUCGGAGCCGAUGUCAACGUCAAAGACUUUGCAGGCUGGACUCCUCUUCACGAGGCCUGCAACCUGGGCUACUACGACGUGGCCAAGGUUUUGAUAGCGGCGGGUGCGGAGGUGAACACGCAGGGCCUGGAUGACGACACGCCGCUCCACGAUGCUUCCAGCAGCGGGCACAAAGACAUUGUCAAACUCCUCCUCCGUCACGGGGGAAACGCCUUCCAAGCCAACAAGCGUGGGGAGCGGCCGGUGGACGUGGCCGACUCUCAGGAGCUGGAACAGCUCUUAAAGGGAGAAGUGGGGCUCUCGGAACUAGAUGAAACCUCCUCAGAAUCUGAGGACCCGCCGUCUGUCAAUCCGUCUAGUGUGGAUGACAACAUGGAGGACUCCGACACCGAAAAGGACUCAGAUGGCAAGCUGGCCACAAAAGCCUCGUCGUCCAUGCCGGGCCUGGACGAGUACGAGUUUAAGGACGAGGAGGAAGAGGAGGAUCUGAGCAAAGCCCUAAACGAUAGACACAUCCUCAGGAGGGAGCUCCGGCAGAGAGAGAAGGACGACAAAGACCGGAAUCACGUGGCCGGAAAGCAGGGCGGCAAGGGGGACCCUUCCUCGAAGUCCAAAAAGCAGAAAGCCCCUCGCGUCCACUGCAGUUCCGACACCUCCAGCGACGAGAUGGAGAGCCUGCCGGAAAAGAGAAGCUCGCCCACCUGCUCUCAGAGCUCGGAGAGCCACCGGCCGGACACCAGGUCCAAAAAGGACAAUGCAGAGCAAAGGGACAAGGGCAAAGUGAAGCGGAAGAGCAAAAGCCAGAACAAAAACAAGGAAAACCAGGAGGACGGCAAAGAAAACAGCAAAACCUUAGUCCUGUCCCUGGCCACGGUGUCCGAGAGCACGGAGAAGGGCCGGGAGGAGGACUCCUUCAAAAUGUCUUUCAGCCCCAAAGACGACUCUUCCGUCCACCUCUUCCACCUGUCGUCCAUCAAGUCUCCCAAGCUGAACCACAGCCUGGCAGACAAGCAAACGCCGCUCAAGCAGGAGAACACCAAGACGUGCGUCUCCAUCAGCGACGGCCCCUGUCCCAUGGACGGCGUCAAAUACAACCACUUCGCCGAGGCCGACUUCUGCACCGAGAGCUCCAGCACCAAGGGCUGCAAGCACAAGGAAAAGAGCAAGCACCAGCAGAAGGAGUGCGACGGGGACGACGGCCGGCUGAGCCCCUACAAAGAGGGCAGCACGGGCAACAGCGUGGACGGCUGCGACGGGGCCUUCCGGAAGACGGACCCAGACGGCAAAGUCGUCAAAAAGCAUAAACUCAAACACAAGGAGAAGGAUAAACACAGGCGGGAGUACGAGGCCGAGCGGAGCCGCCACAGGCAAAAGGACGCCAGGAAAGACGGCCACAGGAAUCUGGAAUUCGACCGAGAGUUCUGGAAAGAGAAUUUUUUCAAAAGCGACGAGACAGACGAGCCCCUGGGAGCGAAAAGGGAAGGUGAGGACGCCAGCUCGCUGCAGAAGGCGGCCGAUUCCCCCCCGGCCAAAGACGAGAGAAACGCCAAGGAGAAGUACUCCAGCAGCAAGGACAAGAGGCCGCGCGAGGAGCGGGAAAAGGACAAGGCCCUGAAAAAGGAGCGAAAGGAGUCGGCUGGGAACGGGGAGAAGGCAAAGGACUGGAAGCCCAGCGAGCGGGAGGAGAAGGUGGACUGCCACGGCUCGGGGCGGAUUCCUGAGGAGCCGCCGCAGAGCAACAGCAUGAAAGAGGAGACGGAGGAGAAAGCCGUAAGCGGGAUCCCAGCUGAUCAGGAACAGCUGGAGCCUCCCGACAAAGGCUCCCGCGAGAAGCCCGACAAGAGGCUCCCAGGGAAGGAGAAGGACUCGGACAAAGCGGAGAAAAGGCACCCUGACAAGGAAAAAAAGAUCAAAACGGAGCACGCCGACAAAGCAGAGGCCCAGAAUUCAGUGGAGCGAUGGAAGGAAAAAGAGAGAGCGACGGCCAUUUCUUCCCCCUCGCCAGGAGAUAAAAACUGCAGAGAGAGUGAAAAGCUGAAAUCUCUAUCGGCGGCGAAAAAGCACGAAGACGGCAGGAAAAACAAAGAUAAGCCGGACAAGCGUUCGGACAGGGAGAGGCCGGACAGGGAGUACAGCGCCGGCGAUCACAAAGAGCGCGGCGCCGCCACUGAUAGGAGAGGAAAGCCUCUGGAGAAGGCCGCCGACCACGGCAAGUCCGACCGCUCCAAAGAAAGGGACUGCGACAGGAAGAAGAGAGAUAAGAUCAGAGAUGGAGCUCUGUCCUCCAGCUCCAAUCUGAAAUCGCUUUUAGAAGAAAAGAAGAGCUAUCUGUCCGACGGCGGCAAGCUCCUCUCCACAAAGUCAAAGGAGGACGUCGUCAGGACGCCAGAGAAGGACCGCGACCGGCGAGACCGAGACUCGGAGAGACACAAAGACAAGGACAAAGACCGGCACAGAGACCGGCCCCCGCAGGCCCGAACCGGCAAGGCCGACGCAGACAAGGCCAAGUCCAAAGCCCCCCCGGCCCGCGACAACAAGCCCAAAGAGAAGCGGCUCGUCAACGACGACCUGAUGCAGACCAGCUUCGAGCGCAUGCUCAGCCUGAAAGACCAGGAAAUCGAGCUGUGGCACCGGAAGCACAUGGAAAAAAUCAAGCAGAAGGAGCGGGAGCGGCUCAAGCAGCGGCCCCCGGCCGACUCGGGGAAGUCCCGGCCCAAAGACCGGCCCAAACCCGAGCCCUGCCUGAGCAAGGAGCUGACGCGCUCCCGGAGCUCGGACGCCUCCGAUGCCCAGGCCCGGGAGCGCUCCCUGAAGGAGGCCGCCGGCCCCCGGACGCUGUCCCUGGACGGGAAGAGCCUGCCGGCUCUGGGUGCCAAGGUCCUCUCCGCCGUGGAGAGCUGCCUGAGCCGUUCGCCGCGGCCGGAGAGCGAGCGCUGCGGCCUCAUGUCCCGCUCCGUGUCCCUGGUCUCCGUGGCCAGCUCCGAGGACUCCUGCCAGGCCGCCACGCUGACCCCCCGGAUCGCCGAGUACGACUCCGACAUCAACCCGGAGGCCUCCGACUCCCAGCCCGCCUUCCUCCAAUCUUCCCUCGUCAUCCAAGCCGCCAGGUCUCCCUCAGUGCACGACAGGGAGUGCGGCGGUCUUCCAGACGUGCCGCCAGGCGGCCGCACGCCGGCAGCGGCGGUCAGGCACGAGUCGCCCUACCUCAGGGCCAUCCUGGACGAGGAGGCCGACAUCCGACCCGCGGAGCCCCCGGCCCACUCCGGCCUGACGGCCAUCACGGAAGAGGAGCCCAGAAAGCCGGAGAGCCCGGCGCCGGAGGAGGCCGGCGCCGCCGCCGGUCAGCCGUGUCUGAAUCCCGCUCCAGAGCCCCCGGCCGAGAGGGAGUGGGGCCCGGCCGGCUGCUGCGCGCCUGCACAGCCGCCGACCAGAGAGCUUCCAUGGAAAACCCUCACCCCCCCGCAGCCACCAGCGGGAGCAGCAGAGGCCCGGAGCCCCUCCCCCGACCCGCUGGGGCCGGCAGACGGCCCCUGCCCCGCCGAGGGCCCGCAGGCCGAGGCCGACCAGCUCACCGCGUCCAGCUGUUGCUCCCCGGCCGGCGAGCCGCUCCCACCAGCGCCCGCCUCCGAGAACCAGCAUCAGGCCGAGGCGGGGAGCCCGCGGCCGCCCGAGCUGAAAUUCCCAGAGAAUCCCGGCGGGUCCGAACCGGAGAAUUCCGAGCCGUGCGCGGAACACCUGAGAGCGGACAGGGCGGGGAGUCCGGUGCCGUCCACCAGCUCCCCCGUGGGAGAGUCCUCUCCGCCUGGCAACAAGACGGAGUCCAGGUGCUGGGCGGAGGACUGCGCUCCGGGUCCGGAGGCCCAGCCGGAAGACGGCGCUCCCAGUCCGGGCCCGGAGCCGCGGGCCGAGGAGCCGGCCGACGUCCCGCAGAGCUCGGACAGCAGCAGGGCGGCGUCGGUCUCGCUCACGGCGGACAGCUGCUCGGCCGAGGGCAGCGAGGACUCGGAGGGCUGCGAGCCCAGAGCAGAGCUCCGCCCACAGCCCAUGGAGGUCGGCGCCGCCACCGACGAGAAGCCCGAGUCCGACGAGGAGCAGGCGCAGAGCUCGGUCCAGAGCUCGGUCCAGAGCUCGGUCCAGCCGGCCCCCCAGACGGACAGCGGCAGCAGCAGCAGCGCCUCGGGCAGCUCCUCCCCUCAGAGCGGCGAGCGCGAGUCCGACUCCUCCUCCUGCUCCUCCUCGGGGGCGCGGCUCAAGCUCCGCCCGUGCGAGGAGGAGGCGGACCUCCACCUGCCCCACCCGCGCAAGCGCAAGAUGCCCCGGCUGUGCGGGCCGGCGCCGCCGGGCUCGGCCCCGCCGGAGCCACGGGGCCAGCAGUCCCUGGCCGCCAUCGUGGACUCCAUCAAGCUGGAGGAGAUUGAGCCGUACCAGACGGAGCGGGCCAACCCCUACUACGAGUUCCUGCACAUCCGCCGCAAGAUCGAGGAGAAGCGCAAGGUGCUGUGCAGCGUCACGCCGCAGCCGCCGCAGUACUACGACGAGUACGUCACCUUCAACGGCUCCUACCUGCUGGACGGGAACCCGCUCAGCAAGCUCUGCAUCCCCACCGUGAGUCCGCCACCCGCCAGGGCGCUGCCUCCGGGCAAAGCCGCCGCCGGGCAACGCCACCGUCGCUCACAGAUUUGUUCUGUUCUGCAGAUAACCCCGCCCCCGUCGCUGCCGGACCAGCUGAAGGAGAUGUUCAAGCAGCAGGAGGUGGUCCGGAUGAAGCUCCGCCUGCAGCACAGCAUCGAGCGGGAAAAGCUGAUCGUGUCCAACGAGCAGGAGGUCCUCCGGGUCCACUACCGGGCGGCCAGAACGCUGGCCAAUCAGACGCUGCCGUUCAGCGCCUGCACCGUCCUGCUGGACGCCGAGGUGUACAACAUGCCUCAGGACGUGCAGAACGAGGACGGCAAAACGUCGGUGAGGGACCGCUUCAACGCCAGGCAGUUCAUGUCUUGGCUGCAGGACGUCGACGACAAGUUCGACAAGCUGAAGACGUGCCUCCUGAUGCGGCAGCAGCACGAGGCGGCCGCCCUGAACGCCGUGCAGCGUCUGGAGUGGCAGCUCAAGCUGCAGGAGCUGGACCCGGCCACCUACAAGUCCACCAGCAUCUUCGAGAUCCCCGAGUUCUACAUCCCCCUCGUGGAGGUCAACGACGACUUCGAUCUCACCCCCAUAUGAGCGGCGGCGGGAAAAAAAAGAAGAAAAAAAAGAAAAUGUGAAGCACUUAGAAUGUGGCGCCAACACAAAGGGGCACUUGGGAAAAGAGACGGCUCGACCCCGGGAAGGGCGCCGGCACGAAGGGCGAGCGGGGGAAAGGGGCUCCAGACCACAGACGGCGGCCGGAGGGCGGCGGGGG